UCCCUGUGUCCCUAUCCCAAACUCUUUUUGUGAACAAAGAUUAGCCUCGACGUUAUCGGCCGAGAACAUGAGUAAGAUCAUGGACUAUGAGGCGGUCCGCAAGGACAUCGCCGCUGCCCUGAAGAAACCCGACUAUGAUGACGGCAGUCUGGGACCCGUGUUCGUGCGUUUGGCAUGGCACUCCUCUGGCACCUAUGACCUCGAGUCUGACACCGGUGGCUCAAACGGUGCUGGUAUGCGAUAUGAAGCUGAGGGUGGCGAUCCGGCCAACGCGGGCCUGCAGCACGGACGGGCGUUCCUGGAACCGAUCAAGGAGAAACACCCGUGGAUCACGUACUCGGACCUGUGGACGUUGGCAGGCGUAGUCGCGAUCAAGGCAAUGGGCGGACCGGAUAUCCCGUGGCAGGGUGGACGGACGGAUAUGGUGGACGACUCCAAGGUACCGCCACGGGGUCGGUUGCCCGACGGUACCCAGGGCGCCGACCACCUGCGGUUCAUCUUCUACCGCAUGGGCUUCAACGACCAGGAGAUCGUGGCACUGACCGGUGGACACAACCUGGGCCGGUGCCACGGCGACCGUAGCGGAUUCGAGGGACCGUGGGUGACGAACCCGACUCGGUUCUCGAACUCGUUCUUCAAGCUGCUGCUCGAGCUUGACUGGAAGCCACGCAAGCUGGCGACGGGGAUGACACAGUUUGUGUAUGAGGACCCUGAUGCGGAGGAGGACGAGGAACCGCUGAUGAUGCUGCCGACCGACAUGGCACUUAAGACGGAUCCUUCGUUUGCACCUUGGGUAGAAAAGUAUGCCAAGGACAAGGACUUGUUCUUCGACCACUUCUCCAAGGUCUUUGCCAAGCUCAUUGAGCUGGGUAUCCAGCGAGAUGCUCAGGGCACCAUCACCAACACCGACAACAAGAUGGGUGGCUACACGUCUGCUCCCAAGAAGAGUAACGUGGCUACCGGCCCGUCCAAGUCAAAGGGCGAGCCUCGUGCUCGUCUGUAGACGUGCAUCUUUUUCUUCUGUAUUAGCUGUUUUGUUUUGUUUUGGGUUGUUUUUCCUUGCGUG